AGUCCACAGCGGGAAGCACAUAGCGGGGCUGCAUAGUGGGGACGGGAGGGGCGAGGUGCAGUGGCACUUCCAGGCGUGCGCGAUCCCCGGAGCCGGGUGGAUAUAUGGAUAUACGGUGUUGAUCAACAUCCGCCGGCGUACAUGUAACAUAUGUAGGAAUGAGCGGCUGUGUAUGUUUGUGCAUACCUACAGAAUAGGUAUAUAGCGCCAUCCAGCCGCUGACCGUCCUCAACAUCAGUCCUGUCCGUGUCCACCAACCUACAUCCCUCCGGGCCCCACUCACUCACUCACUCACGCACGCACGCAAGAUGCCAGUCUUCGUCGAAUCCGCACACGACGCUCGCGACACGCGGAUCAACCCCGCGCACCUCACUGCGCUGCCGCGGCUCGCUGCCCCGCCGCCGACUGAGGGAGACAAUUACGAGGUAGUCGUCGUGGGCUCCGGGCCCGCGGGGAUCCUCUCGUCGGUUCUCCUCGCCCGCUACGGGCUCGCCUCCGUCCUCACCGUCGACUCGAAGCCGGAGAGUGUCCAUGCGGGCCAGGCCGAUGGCUUGCAGCCGAGGACGCUGGAGGUCCUCCAGUCGCUUGAUCUUGCACAUGAAGUGUUGACGCAGGGGUGUCAGAUGCAUGAAGUUGCGUUUUGGAACCCGACGGAUGGCGAUGGCAAGGGGAUUGAGAGGACGGCUUUCGUGCCGGAUGUGGCGGUUGCGGCGAGGUAUCCGCACGAAGUCACUAUCCACCAGGGACGGAUCGAGAGGAUCCUCAAUGAAGACCUCGAGAAGCACGGUAAUGCUGUGCAGCGGGGAUGGGAGGUUACCAAGUUUCAGCUCGAGGAAGGGGAGGGGGAGUUUCCGGUGGUGGUGACGAUGCAGAAGACUGGUGGUGAUGAGAAGAGGGUGGUCAGGUGUAAGCACCUCAUUGGCGCGGACGGUGCGCACUCGACGGUCCGGAAGGGGAUGGGUUUGAGUCUGGAGGGGGACACGACCGAUCACGUCUGGGGCGUAAUCGACACAGUCUGCACGACGACGUUCCCCGACAUCCGCAAGCGCUGUGCGAUCCACAGCAGUGCCGGGAGCAUAAUGAUAAUCCCACGGGAGCGGAUCAGCGGCGGGGCGGUGCUCACACGCAUCUACUGUCAGAUGGAGGACUCUCCGGCGGCUGACAAGGUGGCGUCGAAAGAGAGCAGGGGAAAGGUUACGCUGGAGAGGAUAAUGGAGCAGGCGAGGCGCGUGCUGGCGCCGUACACGAUCGAGUUCGGUCAUGUCGAUUGGUGGGCGGCAUAUCAGAUCGGGCAGAGAGUGGCGCCAAAGUUCCAGAUGUCCGACAGCAAAGGUGUGCCGAGGGUGCACAUUGCUGGCGACGCAUGUCAUACCCAUAGUCCAAAAGCAGGCCAGGGAAUGAACGUCUCCAUGAUGGACGCCUACAACCUCUCCUGGAAACUGGCGCACACCCUCCUCGGCCUGGCCCCCAGCUCGAUCCUGCACACCUAUGAAUCCGAGCGCCACUCCAUAGCCGAGCAACUAAUCGCCUUCGACCGCUCCUUCUCGACACUCUUCUCCACCCCGCUCACCACAACCUCCCACACCACCUCCGGGCUCACACACGACGAGUUCCUGCGUGUCUUCCGCACUGGCGGCGGCUUCACCAGUGGCUGCGGGAUCGAGUACUCUGGCUCCACCCUAGUCGACACCUCGGUGCGCGGGGUGGUAACCGAUGGCCUGCGCGAGUCCGGGCUGCUCUGGCCCGGACGCCGAGUGAUGAACGUGCGAACCAAGCGGUUCGCGGACGCGAACCCGCGCGACCUGCAAGACGACAUGCCCAGCACCGGUGUAUACCGGCUGCUAGUCCUCCUUCCCAGCGCGUUCCGCGCCACCCCCGGCGACUUUGCGGGACUGCUCACAGCGUACUCCGCCGACAUCCCCGCACGCUUCCCGCAAGGUGCCGUAGAAACGGUAAUCGUCUUCCCGGGCGAGCGCGGCAACCUCGAGUGGACGGAUUUUCCGGCGUGCGUGAGAGCUCAGGGGGAGUGGACGGUACUCGGGGAUCACUAUGGCUGUGUUUAUGGCACGUUUAGCGUUGAUGUCGCGAAGGGCGCCGUCGCUGUCGUGAGGCCGGAUGGCUACGUGGGUGUUGUCGCUGGGCUGCAGGAGGGCGGCGAUGGCGUUGUCGACGGCUGGUUGCGCGGUGUGUUGGUCGGCGUGUAGACAGACUGGACAGGGUGCUGGACUGCGAG